CCUUUGCAGGCUGAGCUCUGUGUCUCUCUUUCACUCACACACUCUCAUGGGUUGUAUAGCAAGACCUGUAAUUCCCUUUACAAGAACACCUGCUAAUGGAUGCCAUACUCCAAGCAUAAUAAUACAACCACCCACCCUCAUUUCCACCACUCUAAUUACUAAAUUCGAGUCCCAGUCUCAACAAGAGGAGAGCAACAGCAGCAGCAACAACAAAGAUGGGGGACGGAAAUGGAAGGAGGGUGUGAGGAUGAGGAAGGUGGAGACGACGGAUUGGGUGGCGACGUCCCUCACCCGCCGCUUCGGCCUCGGGGCGGGCCUUGCAUGGUUUGGUUUUCUAGCCUUCAGUGUCGUCUCGGAGCAAAUCAAGACCCGAUUGGAGGUCUCCCAAGAGCAAGCGGGUACCCUGGAGUUAGAGAGGGAGGAGGAGAAAGUAAUGGACAAUGGUAUAAGGUAUUGGGAGAUGAGGGUAGGGGGAGGGGCCAUGCCUAAGACGGGGGAUCUAGUGGUAAUAGACAUGGUUGGAAGAAUUCAGGGCACAAAAACUGUGUUUGUUGACACAUUUGCAUCCAAGAAGCCCAUAGCUUUGAUCAUGGGUUCGAGACCCUACAAUAAGGGCGUGUCUGAAGGGCUUGAGUCGGUGCUGCGAACAAUGAGGAGUGGUGGAAAGAGAAGGGUUGUCAUCCCUCCGAACCUUGGCUUUGGGGAGCAAGGUGCAGACCUAGGCUCAGGUGUGCAAAUACCCCCUUCGGUUACACUUGAAUAUACUGUGGAGCUUGAUAAAGUUUCCAUUGCACCAGCUUGAGAAAGGUGCUUUUGCCCUGGAAUAGGUGGAGUUUGAGAAGGCACUGCUUUGGAAACAAUAGAAUUCCGACCUUAUGCUUGAGUUAAUAAUGAGACAUCUUGAGUUUCAUUCCUACCGUGUGUAGGAGACCUCUUCCUUGUUGAGCUACCAUAAAAACAAAGGAUAGUGGGUGUGCUUUUAAGUUUAUUGUCAAUGUAAAAUCCAUAUCACCAAGCAAUAAUAUUUCACAUCACCAAGCAAUAAUAUUUGCUCACUCUGCCAU